AUGGGCUCCGACUCGGUGGGCUCACUGCUGGCCGACAUUGCCAACCUUCUCGUCGACGGCCUGCGCAUCCUGGGUCUCGCCGACAAGCGCCAUUGGGGGCCCGACGAGUACGAGCUGCAGAGGGCCAUGGAGCGCGUCCUCAACGAUGCCAAGACGGAUUUUCAGGAGCUCUCGCCCAUGCUCAAGAGCCAAUCCCACUACGAGCACGAUCGAACGUUUGCAUCGCUUGAAGAGCUCCGCGCGCUCAGCGCCAAAUUUUACUUGCACAUUCAAAACCUGCGAGAUUGGAGCCGAUGCGGCGGCCCCGUCGACGCCGUCUGGGUUCGCGACACCAAGUCGCUACAGCGGCAGCUGCACCGCGCGCAGUGCCGCGCCGCCCAGCGCGUCUUCAACACCGCCAAGGAGACGCCCCAGCGCUGCCUUGGCGCCUUUAUCCUGCACCGCAAGCAGCGCGCCUGGGUCGCGGCCCGACGCGCCGGCGGCGUCAGCGACUACGACUGCCAGCGCCGCCAGACGGACGAGGUUGGCGAGUGCCUCGCCGUCGGCGGCUUUGAGCGCUUUGGCGACCUCGACAUUGCCUUUAUCUGCGACUUUUGCGACGGCCACUUGCUCUGGGACGACGUGCAGCGCGUGCCCACUACGCGGACGGGCGUCGACGCGCUGCCUGAGACGGCGGUUUCUGUCUCGUCAUUGCCCACGACGGCGGCGGUAGCGGCGCCCGCGCUGCCGACCUCGACGCCCCUGCAGGACACGUACGGCGCGGCUCUGGGCGAGUGGCAGGCCACGGCCGUGACAAUGUCGAGUCAGCAGCCAAAGCAGGUCGUGUACCCGCCGAUUGCCAUUGCCAGCCACAUGGCGCCCGUCCCCGGCGACUGGCUCGCGCGCACCAUGUGCCCGCUGUGCGAGGACGCGGUCGAGCCGCAGGACAUUGACGACGAGGACGAGAUGUGGCAGCCCGAGAACCGCUUUGACGACUUGGCGGCGCUGCAGGAGCACUUGGAGUGGGAGCACGCCCCGUCGGCGCUGCCUUUGACGUUGCCUGUGUCGCUGCCCUCGACGGAUAAAUGCAACGUCAUGUAA